AUGGUCUCACCACUCGGCUGUGCAAGAAGAUCUUGUACCGUAAAAUGGGCAUACAGUACAGGCGGGAUCGGAUCAGCCUCAGGCUCGGCCUGUGCGGGAGCCGCUAGUUGGGCUGGUGGUGGUGGAGGCGGUGACGGCUGGGAAACCGUCCGUUGUGUGCCCAAGGACUCCGGGAUGGCUGAUCCGGUCGCCGAGCUAGUUCGCAAGAACUCUAGGUCGGUUGAUGCGAGCAGCAGUCGUGCUAGACCUCGAGUCGAAGCUACCGAGCAACUGACUACAGAGACUCGCGAAACGGGAGCUCGGACCGGGCCGAACACUGGCGGUAUUGACCAUGAGAUCGAGGAGGUGGAGGAAGAGAAUCAGGAGGAGAACGCCACUGAAGCAGACGUUGCCGAGGACAACCUCGAAGCAGUGUACCAUGCUUCACCACCACUUCCAAGGCGAAGGAUCGUUCGUCCCAACAACGUGCCGUCUUCUUCUAUUUCUCCGGGUGCUGUUCAGGCCGUACUCGAAGAAAACGGGCUCUCGGACCAAGUCAUCUUUAUAAUUCCAGAAGCUGGAGAUCGGCCGUGGGACGUCCCCGAAGGCUUCCUCUGCGUCUACUUGACCUAUUUCACGCAGUGCGGGCUCUCGCUUCCAAUCCCUUCCCGUCUUCUUGGGUACUGUAAUCGGCAUGGCGUAGCUCUCACACAAGUGAUGCCGGCCUCAAUAACGAACUACGUAGGGUUCGUUACUUUAUGCGAUGAGCUCGGCGAAAUCCCAUCCACUCGGCUUUUUGAAGACCUCUUCUCGGUCAACAUCCACAAAUCCAAGGAUUGGUUCUUCGCAGCGAACGCCAAGCCGAGAAAGAACAUCGUUACUGGGCUAAGCCCAGUAAAUUCAAUGACUGGGAAUCCCAGUUGUCAUCUCUCAAGUCUUCUUCUCAACUCCGGACUAACUUCCGAAUUUGAAGCCGCUUUUAGUGAGGCCGGUAAACGCCGUUGGCCCGAAGUUUGGGAAGAAAUCCUUCAACGUCGAGCUAAGAAAGCAGGUUCCGUCCAAGAACCAAAGCCGCUGAAACGAAAAUCUCGAGCUAACAAGCCCCGACCUGCUCCGAGACGAAAAGCGCCGAAAUCGCGAGCUAAACGAACCCGAACAGCAAGGAUGCUUUUGCUUGAUGAAAUCCCAACUCUGUUCGAUGAAGAGGAGCCGAACGUUGCAGAUCCGACUCCUACCCUUGCCGCCGAAGGGACCAACGAGCAGCCUGGAGAACUGCCGCCUGUUGCGAACUCACCUGACCAGGCUGGUCAGAAGAAGUUGAAGAAGAAGAAGUCCUCAAAGAAGAUUAAGAGGAUUGAAGAAUCUUCUCGGGUGCAAGGUGCUGCUGAUGAGCUCGAGCUACCGACAGUUGUGACGUCGGACCUUGCUAUGCCUCAGGAUCGAGCUGAGGCCUCACAUUCCCGGAAAAGGCAGGAAAGAGAUCAAGCCGAGGGUUCUCCAGGAUCAGAGCCGGCUAAGAGGGCUAAGGUCUACUUUGACUAUUACGAGGAGACCCCCUUUGAGGAGAACGUCGAUGCCUGUGCCGACCUAUACCACAAGAUCUCAACCGAGGUUCCGAGUCUUCCGGCGAUCUCCGAGCUACGCUUUCCCAACUUGUAUAAGGGAAUUGCUCGUACAACUGCCGUGCUCGCCAGUCAGACCAACAACUUGGUCGCGGCGUAUGAAGUCGCACUGUAUGACGAGCAGGUUAGGAUCGCCGAGCUUGAGGAGAAGGUCGUCAAAGCGGAAGAACACCUUGCUACCAAGCUCCAAAUCAAUGACACUCUCCACUCUUCGGUCAAUCUGCUGAAGCAAGAGAGCGCGGAGUUGAAAGCGGUGAGAAAAGAGCUGACUGAGGCUCAAAGCAUGCUUGCUCAGGAGUUUGAGAAAGACCGGGAGCGGCUGCGGGACUUGGUGACCCACUGGAAGGGUCGAGUUAGGAGCGUUCACGCAAAGGCUUGCGAACGUUUAGAGAAGGUCAUCCGAAGCUUGGAUGAUGCUGAUCGGGCUCGUAAGCCGUACCUGGUGGUCAACCAGCUCAGUGGAGUUCUCGGCUUCAUUAAGCAGCUGAAGAAGAAAGGUUUCUACGAGGUCCCGCCAGAGAUGGUAGCCGACAUCGAGGCGAAGCAUGCUAAGGCGUUAGAAGAGUUUCGUUCAAUCGAUGCUUGCGUUCUCACCGAGGAGGAUAAGCGGAUGUCUCCUUUCCCGGACGAAAAUUAUGUCCCGAUUGCAAACGUGACUCAGAGUGCACAAGAUCUUGUGAGGGGCGAGCAAUUCGGAUCGAACGAGGACAUGCUGAACGCCGAUCAAGCUGCAACCUCAAAGACCACUUAG